AUGAAUAACAGCUCAGGAAAAAGUGAUCAAAACAUCUCUGCCCAGGAUCAGAGCAUGUUUGACUUCCGGUCCCAAGUGGUAAUAACUUCCGCUGUUUUUAUUAUUGCUUUUAUUGGCAAUGCGUUUGUUAUAGCAGUAGUGAAAAGAAAGACCAAAAGGCCUAUAAACGAUCUGUUCAUCGUUAACUUAUCUGUUUCUGACAUACUGUUCGUUGGAGUGUGCUUGAUAAGUUACAUUUUUCUGGCAUUAAAACCAGGCUUGUUCUACUGUACCGCCAUACGGCCUCUCCCUACUAUUGCGUUCUGUGCAAGUAUUUUCACCAUGACUUCCAUGGCGGUUAUAAGAUGUCGGAUCAUGUGUUAUCCGCACAAGCCAAAAGUGCGAAAACAAAGAGUCUAUUGCUGGAUCUUCACUAUCUGGCUGUUGUCAUUGAUUAUCAAUUUACCAACCUUGCUUGUUGCCAUGGUUACAUCACAGGGAAAAUGCCAAGGAAAAUGGCCCUCGGUGAGAUACAAAGACGCUUAUAUCAUCGGUUUCUUGUUAUUAAAGGUCAUUUUGCCGCUGAUCAUUAUAACAAGUGCCUACGUGAAAAUCGGAUUGUUUCUAAUGAAGAACAAACGUCCACAAACCUGCUUAAAUGAAAAUCGAGCACUUAAGUACCGACACAUUACAAGAAAGGAUAACAUACAAAUAAUUCGAGUACUAGGGGCAGUGAUAAUCAUGUUUGGUUUGUGCAGCGCCCCGCAUCAAAUCGCCUGGAUGUUAUACCACUUUGGAAAUAAAAAGGAGAAAGAAAUCGGAGGAGCAAUUUUCAUUUUUUCUACAACUUUGCAGACCAUACACGCCUCUAUAAAUCCUUUUAUAUAUGGAAUUAUGUCGAAACACUUCCGAAAGGAAUACAUGAAAAUUUUGGCUACAUUAUUCAAC